UUUCCGGCUUUGGUUAUCGACAUGUGGGUGCACCCAACUGUUAGAACAGGACUCGGAACCUGCUUUUCUGUUGGUGUUUCUCCUUGAGUUCAUCCUCUGUCUGUCAGCGAGGAACGCAAAGAUCUCAUUUUCGGGCUUGGGACAGCUCGUUGCAGCUUGCUUCGGGGAAGGAAAGUGGGGAUGAGAUGGGAUGAAAUAGAGAGGUGGAUGUGAGAGAGAGGAGGUGGAGUAGCGGGAGCGUCAGUUGCGGGUGGUCAACACAGAUGCGAUGCGGUUGGCCUUUGAAGAUGUUUUGGCGGAGUUUUGAGGGGUUGAGAUUUUGUUUCUCAGGGGUAAUUCAUCUGUGUGAAGGUCGGGGAGAGGAUGUGUGAGUGAAAGAGAGAUAGAGAGUGAGAAAGUGGACGGGAGUUGGAAGGAUUCGUGUGGGUCGUUGCUGCAUUGAGCUGGAUUCGACGCAGCUGCUUUGUGAGCUGUGAAUGUCUUUUUGGGCAGAUUAUAGUUCGAGCACAUCUUCAUGUGUUGUCUGACGGAGGUUUGCUCGUGAUGGGAGUGGGUUUUGUUUGGGGCGCUGGCCUGUUUGCUAUCGAGAGGUAGAGUAUAUGCCCGCCUUUUCACUGUGCGGAGUUAGGUGAACUGUGUUUGGUCUCUUCAUGGAGAUCACAUUUCUGGGCGAAUUGACACGCAAAGGGGCUGGUAGUGCGCUCUGAUCGUGUGAGGAGUGCGUGCUCUGCCUUGAAUGCGAUGGGAUUUUUUGUGCUGCCUUGGAGACAUGACGGAGGGAGUUCACGGCAAUACUAACGAGUGUGAUCAGGUCAAGCACGAGAUUAUGAUAGUCUAGUGGAGGAGCUGUAAAAUCUCCUCCAGAAUGAUUCAAUUAGUCAAUCUUUAGGUGGUAAGGGAAUCGCCUGUCAGCAGAACAAUGAACUUGGAGAUAGGCAAGUGAAACUGUAGGCAGGUCAAAAGAAUCUUGAGAUGCUGUUAGGGAACGCGAAUAAGGUGGAGGAGAGGCAAACGGCCGACGGGCCUAGGUUUCAAGCCACGAAGUGAUGCGAUUGUCUAGGAGGAAACGAUAGGCGGAGGUGAUGGCGGGAUCGGAUGCAGAGGUUGUGGGAGCAGAGAAAGGGAAAUCUUUAGCAUGGCGUACUCGCAGCAGCCGAGACAUGGGCAAGGACAGUGGCAGCGUUUUUGGAAGGAACAUUGGCAGCAUAUCUGGCAGGGAUAUUGCCAAUUGGUGGGCAGCAGCAGUUGAGCAGACUUCCACGUUUUUGAUGGACGAGGUGCCUGCUACGUUCGCUGAGAUCAGUGAAGGAGCGAGAGAGCUGAAGCCACAGCUCCAGCGUGGAACGUCGUUUUCUAGCUUUUCACUGCCCUGGAAGAAUAUUGGGAUGGGUAGCAAAGUAAGUGAAGGCCCAAGUAGCCAAGGAGGCUUGGAAUCCGCUCCAAAGACCUCGAAAGAUGAACCCCCCGUGGCACCGCCGGAUCCGGGGGAGAAAUCCUCCCACACGACCACGAAACAAGAGCCCUGCACAUCGGUGUCCACAAAGUUGGAAGGACCUUUUUUUCCAACCACGACGAAGGUGGAAAGCAUGAGUGGACCCUCCACCUCGCUGCCAAAGUCGUCAGAGACAUCUUCCUCAAUCAGGAACCAUGUCGAAAAGGUGCAGGAGCCCUUCAAGCCCAUGUCAGAGCCAUUUGAGCGAUCCCCUUCCACCAGAAGAUAUGGCGAGAACACGCAAGAGCCGUCUAAAUCUUCACCGAAGUCGUUCAAGUGGUUUCCUCUCGCGGCAAGUAAAUCGUCUCCCUCCGCUUCGGAGACAGCAGAGCCCUCCGAAGUCUCAUGUGGCAACGCAAUUAACUAUGUGGAGAAUUCAUCGCCUAUCGCAGGCAGUCCACUUCUCACUGCCGGAAAGGUUCCAAUGCCCUCAGAGAGUUCUCCUCGAAAGAGAUCACCUUGGAAAAGCUCAUCCCGAAAGAGCUCACCUCUGAAGUCCACGAAGUCCAUGGAGACAUCUCCAAGGAAAUCUAUGAAACAUUCGGACAGGUCUCCUCUCUGGGGAAAGCCUCCUCUGUCCAGCGUGGAGACACCAAUGCCAUCUGAGAGCACACCUUGCAAGAUUUCACAAGAGGUGGACACCGCACUCCUUACUGGUGAUAAAACACCAAAAGCCAUUGAGAAGUCCCCGGUUGAUCUGAUUGAGACACCGAAGCCUUCUGGGAGCUCACCUAUCGUCAUCACUGAUCCACGCAGCGGAUCUCGAAUUGGUGAAUCGCGGAGACGAACCAAGCGUAUGCCAGUGGAUAUGGCUUCAGCUGAAUUGGAAGCGUCACCCUCACAUGUCGUAUCUCUCUCCUCUGUUAGCCAGGAGUUUCUUCUAGGGGAAGGUAUACCUCUAGGUGCAGCGAGAGUGCAUUCUCUUGAGGUUCUUCAGAGGCAGCAGUUUUGGACCCCUCAGAAAGCUCGCACUGGCAGUCCCGACAAGUGCAACCCAAACUCUUCAGUCAAGCGCGUGGAUGGGUCAGGUGUUGGCUCGUCGAAGCGCAGCGGCUCAUCUCGCUCCAUGGCACGAAGCCAGCACUUCGAAGAAACCGAAAAACAGAUUUCUCCACAGUUGACAGCGGUCGGGACGCCUAACAGCAGCGAUAGGAUGGUUCACCUGAACAAAGUGACUCUUCCCAAGGAGGAAAUAUUUCCAGGUAAUACCAACAGCCUGCCGCAAAUCAAAGUGAGAACACCAAGGCUCACGGAGGCGUCUGCGAACCGAAGUGACAACACCUAUGAGUUGAAUCUCAAUCCGGUGUCUGGAGAUUCGUCGGGAGUGACACGGAGAAAUGAGAACCGUGUGGAAGCGCGGACGCAUGUAUCUGGCUCCUUGCCAACUUCCCCCCGGCACACUUCAGGGAAGACUCGAACUGCAAGGCUUCUCAGAAGAUUGAAACUCACAGGGCGAGGAUCUCGGGCUGGGUCUGAUGACUCGAAGUUGGGAACCAAUAGGAGUUCAAUCAAAGCAGGAAACACCAUGACAGGCUCUGGUUCACCUGAUUCAUCGGAACGUCACCGGAAUUUUUCUGGAAGCUUAGAGCCAAGGAAACUUAACUUUGCCUACAGGAAUUGGACCGACCCUGAUCUUGGAAACACCAUGCUCAGGGAAAGCAGAGGCGAAGUAGUCGAUCCUGCUCCCAGAUUUGGAGCUGAGAGGGUCGAUCGCAGCGAAGCUUCUCAAAGUUCAGUUCCAGGAAAGCAACAAUUCGAUUUGUCGUCCGAGACUUCUCUAAAGAAGAAAAGUUCUUUGCCAUGGACUUUCAAGUGGAAGUGGGGGUCUAAUUCUAGAUCUAAAACAGUCAAGGGAGGCACUAAGGCAAGUCCGGCACCUCUGCCGCAUCAAAGGUCGAACCAAGCUGGAGACAGUUCUCCAACUGCAGCUGUAAUGGGUGAUGCUCGUAAUUCUUUUACCUCGCAGUCUGACCGAUUCUCGAGCAGAGGGACUGCUGAGAAAUUAUUCUGCGACAGAGUUCCCAAGCACAGGAGGGGUUUAUCCUGGGGUGCAGGUUCCACAGCAUCACUGUGCUCAGGAUCUAAUCCUACGGAUGGAGCAUUUACUCCAAGCCAGCCACGUUUGCCAACUCGUGAUGCCCAAGAGCUGCUGCUACCCCCUCGUAAACUCCUUGUUGCCCCUACGGUCAACGUUGUAAACGAAUCCCAGGAACAGGGACCUUCAACGGAGCUGAGGAGAAGUAACCCUGGUGCAGGUGUGUUGCGUGCCUCCGCUGAUUCAGACGUCUUCGAGGAUUGUUUUGGGAGCUUCCGCAGCGUUGAAAGUCCAACCAAAAGCUGCGGAAGUUUCAGGAGCAUUGAAAGUCCUGGUAUGAGUAGCAUCUUUCUGAGGAAGUCCGGGUUAUCAAUUGAUGAAGCUGAGUGGGAGGGUCACAUGUCAUCUUCCUUCCGACAAGAAAUCACUGAGAUCAAUGAUGAAGCCUGUACCUCUUCGUCUAAGUUUUCAUUGAAGUGCUCUAAAGUGCAGCAGUUCAAUAAGUUCCUUAGAACACAAAAAGAGCGCCUACGUAGAGGUGCAGAUGCAGGAAACUCAGAUUGCUUUUGCAUCGUUAUACCCGGAAGAGACCUUGAACUAAGCUCCGUAGUAGCAGCACUCGGGUAUACGUGGUUACAGGAGAAUUCGUUUCCCAAGAUCAGUGGCGACACAUGGCAUCCAGUCCCGAUGAUUGACAUGCCAAGGCAGCAAAUGCACAAGCAUAAAGACGCAGCUUGGUUGUUCGAUGCGUGUGGAAUUGAUGCUGGGGCUUUACUCUUCGCUGAUGAUAUAGAGUUGUCAACCUUGGUGGGUGCAGGACGUAUCAAGAUGUCCAUAAUAGGACAAGACGUGCUGGUGACAAGAAAUGAGGUAGGUUCAGUAUGCACGCUUCUAAUGGAGAUGCUCCUAUCCGGACACCGAGGAUUAUUGCAGCCUCGAUACUUGAAAGCAUUCAUGCUCGCUGGAAUUCUUCUGGACACCGAAAAUCUUGAUUUUGCAUCUAUGCGAGACACGAAAAUGUCGAACUUAUUAGUUGAGUGGUUGGGAUGCGUUGGAAGGACCAUGUUUUACAAUCAACUUAAGGACGCGGAGGAUGAUGCGACUAUCUCCAAACUCAUAUCGCAGAUCUAUGAUAAUCAACCUUCUGCCCGGCUGAAACUUCGAGUAGAAGCAGAUCAUGAGCAUUCUGACAGAGAGUCCAUCUUUACUCAAAGUCAAGACCACACAUCAACUUCAGAGGCAGGAACAAGCAGCAGCUUGGAGGAGGACUCACCUCGCCCUAAAGUGAAGCAACGGUCAUCCUUCAAGUAUUCCAGGCUCACUCCUCAAUCUGCUCCUGCCAAGUCCCAUCGUCUCUCUCUUCCAGGUGGAUGCCUUGAUCAAGACGCGCAGGCUGUAGCACAUAUACGCAAAGCUGCCAUUCAGUCUGGACAUCCGACUUCUGCACUUCCAAGCUAUGGGCAAUAUCCCCACCGUGCGGCGAAGUCCAGUGCAUUCGCAAGGAUACGAAAGAAGUUGUUCUUGGAAGAUUAGAGACCAUUUCUGAAGCGACCAAUCCACUGGCUAUUGCUCCAUCGCUAGUGCACAGUGCAAGCGCCGGAAAGUGCAUUCUCUUCUUUUCUAUUAUGGUCUAAAGAUAUGCAUGAUCUGAAAUGUUUGCCGUGUGAUGGACGUGCCCUUUGGUGGGUCAUCUUCAUGAGCUUACGGAACGUGAGUCUUGUAGUUAGCCUGUAUUAGGAUACACUAUUUGGCCAGAAUAUUGGUAGUCUUCGACAGGAUUAGAUGUUUUUACACAAUAAUUGUGAAAUUAUUAUUAUUUUCAGACCCAAAGAGAGGGAGUGAAGCCAGUGGUACGAUUCGAAUUCCACUUGGAUAAGUUGGCGUAGAGAAUUGUUUGUGAAAAUAGAUUCCAGUUCUGCGCCCUUUGCAGACCUCUCUGACAUCGGGUGUUAUAGUUCGUCAGUUGCUUUUCUUAUUUUACGUUUUUUCGCCUCAAUAAGCAUUAUCCUAUUGUUUCUCUAAC